CACUAGCAUUUUGUUCCAGGAUCCGGGAGCACAUUUGUACCAAGCACAGGUGUGUGCAUUCUUGAUGCUUCAGGGCCUGUGCAGCUCUUUGACUUUCUAGCGAGAACGUAUGUACUGUGGAUAAUGGCGAACCUCCCUUCUUGCUGCUGCCAGUCUGACGAUGAGGAAGCCAGCCAUGCCGAGCAGGAACUGCACAUGCUGGGUGAUCCUUCCGCAAUGCCACAUCAUGAUGAAGGUCUUCCCAUGAAGGACUAUGAGAGUCUUAACUAUGACCAGUGUCCCAAUGUUCCCUAUCGGACCAAGAUCAAGAGCCUAUCUGAAAAGACAUUUGCAUGUCAAUAUCUUAUGCGCUGGGUGAUGGUAGCAGCUAUUGGUGCAACAACAGGAUUUAUCGCUUUUCUCAUUGACUUUAUCGUGCGCCGUCUGACUCAGUUGAAGUUCAACACAGUGCGAGACCAUCUUCUAGUAUGGGCACCACAGGGCAACCUCAUCCUGGCGUUAUUGCUGCUUGUUGCUUUCAAUGCGGCAUUCGCUCUGGUUGCAGCGAUUCUGACAGCAAUAGAGCCGGUAGCUGCAGGCAGUGGAAUACCGGAGAUCAAGUGUUACCUGAAUGGUGUAAAGGUACCACAUGUUGCCAGGUUACGCACUCUUGUGUCCAAGGCUGUUGGUGUACUGUUCAGCGUAGCGGGAGGUUUCUUUGUUGGCAAGGAGGGUCCCAUGAUCCACACGGGUGCUAUUGUAGGCUCCGGUCUACCACAAUUCCAGAGCAUAGCAUUCCGCUUUAUCAAUUUUGACUACUCCUACUUCCGGUCUGAUCGUGACAAGAGAGACUUUGUAUCUAGUGGAGCGGCAGCUGGAGUAGCAGCUGCAUUUGGUGCACCGAUCGGAGGCGUGCUCUUCAGUUUAGAAGAAGGCUCGUCGUUCUGGAACCAGGCGCUGACAUGGAGAACGCUGUUCUGUUCCAUGGUGUCCACGUUCACCCUCAACUUCUUCCUGUCCGGAACGUCCGAGAUUGGCUGGGGCCGUCUUAACGAACCCAGUCUCAUUGACUUUGGAGAGUUUGAGUGUGAGUUUGGGCAUUCCUGCAACCUGUGGACAGCCACUGACCUGGUGAUUUUCGUUGCCAUCGGCGCUAUCGGCGGCUUGCUGGGUGCAGCGUUCAACACGCUCAACACUAUUCUGACGCGCUAUCGCAUGAAGCACGUACAGCGCAAGGGCAAGAUAGUCAAAAUUCUGGAGGCCAUUCUCAUCUCCAUGGUGACGACGACGGCGACGUUUGCCGCCCUGACGAUGAUGGGGACCUGCCAGCCGUAUGUAGCCUCGGUGAUUCCGCAGGACGUGGAGCUGAACAACGACACGGUGACAUUCUUCUGUCCCGAUGGCUACUUCAACGACAUGGCCACGCUCUUCUUCAAUCCACAGGAAGCUGCCAUCAAAGAGUUCUUCCAUCAAAAGGCAACCUUUUCCAUUCCGACGCUGGUGUGUUACCUGGUGAUGUUUUUCAUUCUGGCGUGCUGGACCUACGGCGCUGGUAUACCCAGUGGUCUGUUUGUCCCCUGCAUUGCCUGUGGUGCGUCCUAUGGACGACUAGUGGCCGAAAUAUUGGUCAAGGUCGGGUAUCUGAAUGAAGCCAAUGUUUCAGUGGGGACGUACUCGCUGAUCGGUGCUGCUGCUUUCCUUGGCGGUGUGGUACGCAUGACCAUCAGCUUGACGGUUAUUCUGAUGGAGUCUACGAACAACAUCAGCUAUGGAGUGCCCAUUAUGAUCACACUAAUGGUGGCCAAGUGGAUUGGAGACCUGUUCAAUGAGGGUCUGUACGAUAUUCACAUCCACCUGCGCGCCAUACCGCUACUGGAAUGGGAAGCUCCAGACAUCACGCACAGAAUGACAGCAUCGCACAUCAUGUCCACGCGCAUCAAGUACCUGUAUCCGAACACGCGUGUGCGUUCGUUGGUGCACAUGCUACGCACCACAGCACACAGUGCGUUCCCCGUCAUCACCAAACACAAGCGUUCCACACAGCUACAGGAGCUAGUGUCCCCACCAGCCAGCAGCACCAGUGCCAGUGCAGAUCAGGACCCUGGUUUGGCAGCCAGCACGCGUACUGAGUACUCCAAGGUACGGCUUCGUAGUAAUGUGAACCAGAACAAUCCCGAGUACAUGGCACUCUGCCGUGCGCACGCUAUGCAGCAUGCACCCGACUUACUCAGCAUCCGUACGUCCCGGAUGACCUUCUCUAUGUCCCAUUCCGGUCACGUCUCGCGUCAAGCCAGCAAUAACAUGUCACGCCAACCCAGCAAUGAAAGCAGUAGCGAACCAUCGCCUCUCGGCCCCUCGCCCAUGUCCUCGUCCACAUCCUCACUGCACAGUGAUCAGCAUGACAUGCAGGGCAGCGAGACUGUCCUGCUCUUUCACGGCAUGGUGCUGCGGCAUCACCUAGUCAAGUUGCUCAAGGAGCGCUUGUGCGUGCCAGAGGAAGAAGUCGAGGAGCAAUCUAAACUCUCAGUGUUGGAUUAUGACAAGUUGCUUUGUGACUAUCCACGCUUUCCUGACAUUCACGAUAUCACGGUGGCAUCGGAAGACAUGGACAAAAUUGUGGAUUUGACGCCCUACAUGAACCCAUGUCCGUACACCGUGUCGGCUCUGAGCCCGGUCCCGUACGUGUUCAACCUGUUCAGAACGAUGGGACUGCGACACUUGCCAGUUAUGGACAGCAUGGGACAGAUUGUGGGAGUGAUCACGCGGCACAACCUGACGCAUGCUUUCCUGGAGCGCUGCAUGGAAAGACACGGCUUGUCCCAUGACUAACGUACCAACAGUGAAGUUUUCCCACUAAAUAAUGGCUUUUUUACGAUUUUACUUUGAAGUGCAGGAAUCCUGAUAAUGAUUUUACGUCGGCGUACGCUGAAAUCUGGAGUGUGCGUGUUUUUGUGCUGGACUUGAUGACACUUUUGCGAAUGGUCUGAGCAAGCACGGCGCACGGCCAUAUGUCGGAUGGACAGCCUGUUUAUGACGCCUGCCUGCGUGUACGUGUGCACCACUCAAACUGUCAAAGUCUUGAUUGUUCCUGACCGGUGCACGUCGUGAAUUCUUCCAGGACUGGCCCUGAUCUGCACCGAUCUGUAGCUUGAGACGAGGGUCACAUGCUGUUGGCAUCCUGAGUCGCCUGAGUUCGCUUUGUAUGAUGUGGAUGCUUGCUUGACGUUGUUCACUUGUAGAAGGUAAAACCAUCCAGCGCCUAUGGUAUCUUCUUCCAACUGUGAAUUUCCGUGUCGGACAGACUCCCAGCUUAUAUCACCUUGCUUGACUUGGUUUUCCCUGGAGCUGGGUACAGUGAUGUGUUUGUGAAGGCCAUUGCCACAAUUCACCUCGGCUCACUUGCUGAUGUCGAGUCUGUGAUUGCUUUUGUGCGGCUUAGCACAUGUUUUGGGCAGUGGCAACCCCGCGUCGCAUCGCUGCGUUUCUGCUCGUGUUGCACUGUGCUGCACCAGUUGCCACGUCGAACCUCCCCCGCCCAUAUGCCCGGAGUGAAGAUGCCUUCUUCUCUGUUUGCACAGUGUUUGGCGGCGGCUCUUCAAACUGCAUACCUAGGACGCUGUCUGUCUGAUAGCACAGAGGAACAUCAGCAGGCAUGCAUGUGCAGCUUGAGUCUGUGCUGAUCCAUCUCUGGACUCUGAUGGUGGUCACGGGCCCACAGUGCUUCUAUCCCAAUCCCCCGCCGCUUGACGCAGCAUGCAGAGAGAUCCAUUGCUGCCUAAUUCUGACUGUAUUUGCCGUCAUGCUGUAUCAAGUGUUUAUGCUCCACUACGUGGUGAGUGUUGAAUUGGCAGGCGUGUAUCCACAACUAAAAUAACUUGUUGACUUAUUUAUUACAUCUAUUUUAUUUUUUAUCAUCAUGCUUUUUUUAACUUAUUUUAUAUAGUUUGUAUUGCGUACAUAAGACGAAAACUCCGUGAGAGUUUGCAUCCUCCCAAAGUGAAUAUUUCCAGUCGUAUGCAUUGAACACAUAGGAUAUGAA